AUGCGACGAAGAACGGCCAGGUUUGCAAAAACUCUGGAGGAGGACUCGGGGGUCAACAGUGGACUAGAGCAGUCGCGGUGUCUGGCUGCCCUGCUUGGAGAUCGUGGAGAGAAGCUGUCUGAAUGGGCGCGGGCGCGCGACCGCCGGCAGCCGCAGCGCCAGCCGAGCGUUUCGGCGUCGCGUGUCGCAGGCCCACCCACUUGGCGCCCGACCCAGCCACAGGGGCGCGGCUUUCGCCACACAGAUAGUUCCGCUCCGGAGGACGUGCGAGAAAACGACAAGCCGCGCCCUUCCCCUCGCGAGUCGCAGCUUUGUCCGGGCAGCAAGAACUCGCCGGUGGGGAGGGGCGGGCGGUUUUUCGGCAUAUCACGCAGAGCCUUCAGGCCCCGUGUGUAUAAAUUGCCCAGCGAUUCCCCGGGACACCAGUCAGCCACCAGGCGCAUAGAAGGUAACCACACGAGACAAGUCACAAGCAUGGCCAUCAAUCAGAUGUGUGCGGCGAUGAUGCUGCUGGCGGUGGCCGCCAUGUGCGAGAGGGCGCUGGCUGGAGGGUACGCCCACUCCUACGCCCACCAGACUGGGCCCGUGGUGGGUCCCGCCCACGCCGUCACCGUCGGAGGGUACGGCGGACACGGCGGCUACGGCGGUCACGGCCACGGACACAGCGUGGACUAUGUCGCUUACCCGAAGUACGAGUUCGAGUACGGGGUGUCCGACGGUCACACGGGGGACCACCACUCCCAGAAGGAGCACCGCGACGGAGACGUCGUGACUGGCGAGUACUCGCUCAAGGAGCCGGACGGCAGCGUGCGCACCGUCAAGUACCACGCCGACAAGUCCGGCUUCCACCCCGUCGUGCACCACUCGCACCACGGAUAUGGUGGCGGAGCUGGCGCUGGGGACGGAGGCUAUGGUCAUGGUCAUGAUCAUGGUCACGGUUGGUAUUACUGA